CCCUGUUCACCUUUUUCAUUUCAUCUUCUUUCAUACGUUUCCAAACACACUUUCUUUCUUCCUUCUUCUUCUUUCUUCAUUUGCUCAAAUUCCGUUGCUUGCAUCAGAGGUAGCGGCUUCUUCUUCUUUCGCUCGGUUCACCCACAGAAAAAAGUCGGCGUCUUUUGGACUUCUCAUGGCACUUCAACCCAAAACCGAACCUGGGUCUUUGCAGAGCUCCAUUUCUACUACUUCUCAAAAGCAUUACAGCGAAAUGAGUAUUUCGGAGCUUGUGUCACUUCUGCGUGUGGUGUAUCAAGUUGAAGACUUUGAUAAAAUAGAAGAAGAAUUGAAGUAUAGAGAAGACAAAGUGAAGGUAGAUAUUGGGUCACUCCGAGAAAAGCUUGACUUGGAGAGGCUCAAUAGUAUUGAAAUAGAAAAAAGAUUGAAAAUCAGAGAGGAGCAAUGUAAAAAGGGGAAGCAAGCCCAGGAGAAUUAUGAGCUGUUGUUGAAGAGAAUGAAACAGAGUGGGUUGGAUAUGGAUGAGUUAAGGAAAAGGAACGUUACUUUAGAAAAGAGAAUGGAACAAAGUGGGUUGGAUAUGGAUGAGUUAAGGAAAAGGAACGUUACUUUAGAAAGUGAAGUUUGUGAGUUGAAGAAAAAAAUGGUAGAAGAUGUCAAGUAUGUGACUGAACUAAGGACCAAGUUGGAGGAAGGGAAGGCUGAGAACAAGAGUGCUCUUGAUGUUCUCAACAUGAAGAACACUGAAUUGAAGGAAGAAAUUAAGAAGAAUUUGGCUGACAUAGAGAGGCUGAGGACUGAAAAUGAUAAAUUGACAGAUGAGAAGCUCGAACGUAAGACAGCAUUUGAGUCUUUGGAGAGGAAAUAUGGUGAACUCAGUGCAAGUGUUGUGAAGUUAGAAAAUGAUGUAAAGCUUUUGCUGAGUGAAGGUGCCUCUGAUUGUGGGAACACUGAACAAGAACCUAAUACUGGAGUUUCUUUUGCUGUCAAAGCUGAAGAGGUUUUCGAUGACUACGAGCUUGAAAAUGAUACUGGGGAGCCUGUUCCUUUCCCAAAGACUAAAGAAACUCAUCAGUAUGUCAAAAAAGGGUACAAGGAUGUUGCAUCAGAAAAUGAGAUCAUAGCCAUAUCUGAUGAUGAUGACGAUGAUGAUAAUGGUUGUCCAAAUCAAGGAUUGCAUAGAGAAAAGGCUAUUGCUCAAGAAAAUGAACAUCCACAAAGGGUUGAAACGUUCACAAGAAAACGUGCUUCUGAUAUUCAGACAUCUUCUAGAUCUACCUCCAGUGGUGAUUUAUAUGAAAUGGAUCAUCCCCCUCUAAAGAGAGUUAAAACUUCUCCGGCCAGUUCUGAUACAUACCAUUUGCCAGACCACUUCCUCCGCAGAAUCUAGAGCAGAUAAAGUUAUAGCUGAAAACCAGUGAGAUAUGAUUGCUCUAUAUUCUGGACUAUUGAGAAGGGAUUGUUGUUAAUCUUAAAGAUGAUGAUAAAGAUCAACAUAAAAGCAAGGAUGCAUUACAUUGUUGAUUGCUGUCAUGUUAGCCAUUGAGCAUGCUGAUAUGAAAGGAUGGAAUAAUUUGUGGUUAGAAUGUGAUUCUUAAUAGGUGAAGGCUUUUACAGGAUUUCAUGAUGGUGACACCUUUGUAUUAAAAUUUGUGCUACUUUAAAACUGCAGAUACUUUUUAGAGAAUGUAACUAAUGUGCCUGACAGUUUAGCUUAUUUUGUUUAUCUUAUUGGAAUAUGAUUUCCAUAGCCAAGGGCCUCUUUAUCUG